AUGAAAGUAGAAUCAACGAGUACACCAGCUUCGACAACAACAAGUACAUCAACAACAGCGACUACUGCAACGACAACAACAGCUACUACGGCGACAACAACAACAACGACUACGGCGACAACAACAACAACGACGAGCACAACUAGUAAGGAAUCAAUAGUAGAAGCUAUUUCUCGUUGUCAAGUUCAUAUUAUGAAUGAUUGUUUUCAGCUACAACAGCAACUACCACAACUUCUACCACGAGCACAUCAACAACUAGCACAAGUACUACUUCAACUACGAGUACCACAACAACAACUAGCACAACAUCGACAACAACGACAACAACAUCCACCUCCACUAGUACUUCAAGCACUAGUACUACCUCUGAAACAACAACCACAUCCACCACGAGUUCGACUUCAACAAGCACCACCAGCUCCAGUUCAACAACUAGCACCACAUCGACUACCUCUGAAACAACAACAACCACCAGCACUAGUUCUACUUCAACAACCACUACCAGCUCCACUUCAACAAGCACAACCAGCUCCACUUCAACAACUAGCACCACAUCGACUACAGAGACAACAACAACCACAUCCACCACUAGUUCGACUUCAACAAGCACAACCAGCUCCACUUCAACAACUAGCACCACAUCGACUACCUCUGAAACAACAACAACCACCAGCACUAGUUCCACUUCAACAACCACUACCAGCUCCACUUCAACAACUAGCACCACAUCGACUACAGAAACAACAACAACCACAUCCACCACUAGUUCGACUUCAACAAGCACCACCAGCUCCACUUCAACAACUAGCACCACAUCGACUACAGAAACAACAACAACCACAUUCACCACUAGUUCGACUUCAACAAGCACAACCAGCUCCACUUCAACAAGCACAACCAGCUCCACUUCAACAAGCACAACCAGCUCCACUUCAACAACUAGCACCACAUCGACUACAGAAACAACAACAACUACAUCCACCACUAGUUCGACUUCAACAAGCACAACCAGCUCCACUUCAACAACUAGCACCACAUCGACUACAGAAACAACAACAACCACAUCCACCACUAGUUCGACUUCAACAAGCACAACCAGCUCCACUUCAACAACUAGCACCACAUCGACUACACAAACAACAACAACCACAUCCACCACUAGUUCUACUACAUCUACCAGCACUUCAUCCACAACAGUAA